UGUGUGAGAGGAGUUCGAGCAGUAGCUACGUCAGCUGAGGAGAGCUGUGGAACUCACAUGUGUUUCAGUCUCUCAGCACAGCACAUGCCUCUACUCUCUCUGGACUCUCUGACACAUCCUGGGGCACCAACACACUGAACGAAGCACCUCCUUCCUCUCAUCUCAACAUCUGCACUCUGCAUCUCCAUCAGCAGCAUUAGACCACAGCUCAGACCAACGGGAAAAGAAGAAGAGAGUGGAUUCAAAGGAUGGACAAGAAGAAGAGACAGAAGAGAAAGAGCAUCUGAGGAAAAGUACUGUGUUUAGAUUGGACAGACAGAGUGCUGGGAUAGAAAAAAGUGUGUAAAGAAAUAGUAUUGAAAGAAUGAAAUAGAAUUAGGUGAGGAAACUAUAAAUAGGACAGUACACAGCUUGGUCUGAGAGAGAAAAUCAAAGAGAAGGACAGGUUUAAGAAGUGCUCUAUCAAAAUGUUUUAACAGCUCCAGUGUGAUGUAAUAGCUGGUGGAAAGGAAAAGAGCAAAGCCUCAGAGAGAUCAGCAGGAGAGAUCAGAGCCCUUUGUAAAGGGCUCUCUACACACAGCCCUGGCCACCCACAUGCCCAUCGAAUUUGUCUGCAAAAUCAAGUUUGCCGAGGGCGACGAAGCCAAGGUGGCCCCAACGGAAGCAGACCGGACCGGCAUGCUAGAUGACAGCCUUCGGCAGCAAAGAGGGGGCAUGGCUGAUCUGGCAUCCUUCGCAAGCUCCUCCUCAUUACACGGUCUGGCUCGGGUGUUGGGGACCUCGGGUUCAGGGCGUAUGGGUUUGAGACAGACCCUCUGGGCACUGGCCCUUUUGGCAUCUCUCAGUCUCUUCCUGUACCAAGCAACAUGGAGCAUGGCAACCUAUCUAGAGUGCCACCACCUGACAACAGUGAGGGAAGAGACCCGGCGCGAGCUCACCUUCCCAGCCGUCACGCUCUGUAAUGUCAACCGAUUCCGCUUCUCUGCCCUCACCGACGCGGACAUCUACCACUUGGCUAACCUCACCGGCCUGCCACCCAAGAGCCGUAAAGGACACCGGCCAAGUGAGCUCCAAUAUCCGCCCCCUGACAUGCUAGACAUUUUCCAGCGGACUGGCCACCAGCUGGAGGAUAUGCUGAAAAGCUGCAACUUCAGCGGGCAGAACUGCUCAGCCGAAGACUUCAGCGUGGUUUAUACGCGUUAUGGAAAAUGUUACACAUUUAAUGGCAAUAAGACUUCACCCAAGCGAGUAAGGCAGGGCGGCACAGGAAACGGUCUGGAAUUGAUGCUGGAUAUUGAGCAAGAUGAAUAUCUGCCCAUUUGGAGAGAAACCAAUGAGACGACUCUGGAGGCAGGUAUACGUGUUCAGAUCCAUAGUCAGGAUGAACCCCCGUACAUCCACCAGCUGGGCUUUGGGGUCUCUCCGGGAUUCCAGACAUUUGUUUCCUGUCAGGAACAGAGGCUAGCGUACCUGCCACAGCCGUGGGGAAACUGUCGGGCUUCGUCUGAGCCUGUGAUCCCAGGAUAUGACACCUACAGUAUCAGCGCUUGCAGACUGCACUGUGAGAGCACACAGGUGCAGAGAGAGUGUAACUGCAGGAUGGUGCACAUGCCAGGCGAUGCUGAUUUCUGCACACCCAGUAAAAUCAAGUGUGUUGACAAGGCAUUAGCUUUACUACAGAAGAGCACAGGUGACAUAUGUCCCUGUGAGACACCAUGCAAUAUGACUCGGUAUGGAAAAGAGCUCUCUAUGGUCAAAAUCCCCAGCAGGGGCUCUGCUCGAUACCUUUCUCGCAAAUACCAGAAAUCUGAGGAAUACAUCAGAGACAACUUUCUCAUAUUGGACAUUUUCUUUGAGGCCCUAAACUAUGAGACAAUAGAACAGAAGAAAGCGUACGACAUCGCUGGACUGUUAGGAGACAUCGGUGGACAAAUGGGGCUCUUCAUUGGAGCCAGUAUCCUUACUAUACUGGAAAUAUUUGACUAUAUCUAUGAGGUGGUGAAAUACAAAAUCAAGCGACUACUGAAACCAAAUAAAAGCCAGAAACAUCAGAACCAACGGAACUUGAUCCAAGAGCAGAUCCAGAGAACAAAGAACCUUCGAGAACAGAACCUGCGAGCGCAGCUGGCCGCUGGAACUAUAGCUACAAUCAGAUUUGAUGAUGUCAAAGUUAAGGCAGUUAAUGAUCUAAAAAUGGCUCAACCACACAGUGCACAUCCAACUUCAAUACUACCAAACCAUCAUAAUGCACAACCAGUCGUACAGCAGGACUUUGCUUGCUAAGGGAUUCAUCUUCCUCUAUGCAUCUAUUUAUUUAUUUUUUGGUCAAAUUACUGAACUUGAAUUUGGGAUCCUGAUUGGACCCCAUACACCUGAAAUAUACAUCAUUUUAGUUACUUUUUCACUUAUAAAAGCUACAGCCAAAGUCUAAUCCAGGACCUCAUGUGAAACAAGUUCAAACCAGUCACACCGUAUCAGUGGAACCUGUUUUCAUUGUUUCGUGUCUGUACCAGAGGAACAAAACACACAAUGUGUUUCACGUGCACAUUUGCAGGGACGGAAUGUGACUUGCAAAGGCCCUGGGGCCAAUUAUCUCCAUGGGCCACCCUCCACCCAGAAGUUGUUGAGCGGAGGGGGGGUGGGCAGUCAAGGGCCCCCUGGUAGUCCCCAUUGACCUGGUCGGUAAUCCGUCCCUGCACAUAUGUUGUAUUUGGAUUUUCUGUUUUUUAAGAUGACAUUGUUUUUUUGGUUUUUGUCUGGAUGGACCUGCUUUUGACUUUGAGAGAUCAAGAAGAAAACACUUCACCGCACAAAUCUAAUUAAAACUUUCCCUUUUCAAUGACUUCAAAUAGCAACUGAAUGAAAGUUGUCAGGAUCCACAGAGAGUUGAAGCAAACGCUCUCAAGUGCCGUCAAAUUUGGGUUUCUUCCUGUGGUAAUGUGCAGUGCUUUCACCAUUUCACCUUUUUACAUUUCUUAAGAACGUAAUGAGACUUCUCUGUAGGAGAGCAGCUCAAAUAUGCCACUCGGCUCUCUGUGAGUAGGUGUUAUGUUCUGUUCAGUCUUAUGUAACUUUUCAAUUGUGCUGUAGUCCUUAAAACAGAGCAGUCUGUCUUAAGGUUUGAAAUGUGAA